AUGUCUUUAGGUUGCCUUGACUCGGUCCUCUCUAUCUUUAGAGUGUUGAGCUGCAAACGAGAGACUGGAUAUGAGGCUUUGACAGAAGCGACGUCUGCUUGCCAGCCUGCUUGCGAGCCAUACGAGUACGAACCGCUUCCCGGGGAUGAGUACACUAGACUCUUGGAAUUUCAACCCGGAAGAGGGAUAAUAUCAUGCAAGCUCUUGCCAGUGAGCAUUGAAAAUGCCAGAGGGACCUACGAAGCAAUCUCUUACGUCUGGGGAGAUGCGGCGGACACGAUCGACAUUACGUGCGAUGGAAUGCUUCUUUCAAUCACCCAAAACCUCGGCGACGUGCUCCGUAGAAUCCGGGGUGGCCAAGAGCCAAGGCUGCUCUGGGCCGACGCGAUUUGUAUCAACCAGAAUGAUAAGAAGGAGCAGGGCCACCAGGUGGAGAGAAUGGGACGAAUAUACGAAAACGCAUCGAGAGUUCUGAUUUGGAUCGGCAAGGACGACGGAGCUGCGCGACGGUUGUUGAAGAUGCCUUUUGUUCCUCAAAAUGGUGGCCGAUUGCCUGAGGAUACCAGAGUGUGGAAUAGUGUCCGUAACCUCACUGAGCAUGCCUGGUUUGGGCGUGUCUGGGUCCUGCAAGAAGUUGGACUUGCCGCAUCCGCUCUUUUUCUAUAUGGGGACUUCUGGAUGGAUUGGUGCGAACUCGCCAAAUUCAUACUUCUAACCUCACUGCACAGUGAGCUCGCUCAUUAUACGAAUCCAGAUGUCUCGCAAAGAUUUACACAGACAUAUCAUUCCCUGUGGAAAGCUUAUAGCAAUCCUACAUCUUGGAGAGCGGAGCUUACUUCCAUCACAAAAGGAUUUCUCGAUAAUCAGGUGGCCUACAUCGACAUCUUAGAGAACGGACGCAGGUAUCAAACCACCGAUCCAAGAGACCAUGUUUACGCGUUCCUCGGACACCCGGCUGCUAGACUCCAGGACGGCCGCCAGAUAGUGACAGUCGAUUAUAAAAAGUCGGUGGACGAUGUAUACUUUGAGACAGCGCGCGCGAUGAUAGAAAACGGACCACAUCCGUGGAUGGUGCUUGCCACUGUGAACCAC